ACCAACCCUAGGUGCACCGCUUCUGUUUUUUGGACUCGAUUGCUUCGUUUGAGAGCAGACAUGGUCUUAAAUAUUAUUAGGGUCUUUUCUUCAUCUUUUUAAGCACUUCAUACAACUCGAACACUAGUGCUUGAUCCAUGCUGCAACUUGAAUAUGAAGUUCGGAAAGGAGUUCAAGGCACAAAUGGUGCCAGAAUGGCAAGAAGCAUAUAUGGAUUAUCAUUAUCUCAAGAACCUUCUAAAAGAAUUGCAACGCUUCAAGGGAAAAAAUGAAAGGUCACCAACCACCUCAGCUCGGCUGCAGCGAAAGUUGACACUGGUCCGAGCUUUCAGUGGCCUAACACAAAGACACAACCAUUCCACAACCCCAUCACCAACCGACGUGGAAUGCCAAGAUAAUCUGGUGAAUUCAGUGGAGCAGGGAGGCUCGGGGGUCUAUGAGAUUAUGUCGCCCAUAUUGAAAGCCGAGGAAGGAGAAAUAGAGCUUCUCUACUUCAAAAGGCUUGAUGAGGAGUUCAAUAAAGUUGUCGAGUUCUACAGAUCUAAGGUGGAAGAGGUGAUGAAUGAGGCAGCAUUAUUGAAUAAGCAAAUGGAUGCUUUAAUCGCUUUUCGAGUAAAAGUGAGGAAUCCACAAGGUUUCAUGGAUAGUUCAGUGGAGAUGGCUCGCCUUUCUGUGGAUGUUGCAACUUCAACUGCAGCGCUGUCCGCCACUACUCCAUCUGCAGCUAGAUCAAGCCGAAGAAUUUUUGAUAUUGGUACAAUAGAAGAAGUUGAGGAGGAGAUCAGCAAGAUUGGGCAAUCUGAUGAUGUUGAAUUUAGUGUAGCCAAAGAUGUGGAGAAGCCCAAAACUACCAAGCAAAGUAGUCAAGAAGGGAAGCCAAAUAGCAUCAGGGCCAGUACUAGACCAGCUCCAUUACAAGUACUUAGAAGUGUGAAAAUGAACAACACCUUGGAGACACCUCGUUCCACCAUCAAAGGCUGCCUCAACGUUCCUCAGUGCAGAGAGAUGAAUUUCACCAGGGAAAAUUUAGAGAAAGUUCAAAAUCAGCUUAAGCGGGCAUUUGUUGAAUUCUACCACAAGCUUCGCUUUCUAAAAAGCUACAGCUUCAUGAAUACGUUGGCGUUUUCCAAGAUCAUGAAGAAAUAUGACAAGAUAACAUCUAAACAUGCAUCAAAGGCUUUCCUCAAAAAGGUGGAUGAUUCUUAUCUUGGCAGCUCUGAUAAGGUUACCAAGCUUAUGGAGAGGGUGGAAUCUACUUUCAUCAAGCAUUUCUCCAACUCAAACCGUGGAAAAGGGAUGAAGAUCUUGAGACAAAAAGCUAAGAAAGAAAAGCAUAAAGUGACUUUUACGCUAGGCUUCUUUGCUGGUUGUUCAGUAUCUCUUUUAGUGUCCCUUAUAAUGGUCAUCCAUACCCGGGAUCUCCUAAUAAUGGAAUUUAAGCAAGAAAGAACGCAAUACAUGCAAAACAUGUUUCCCCUUUAUAGCUUCUUCGGCUUCAUUGUUCUCCACAUGCUUAUGUAUGCUGGGAAUAUAUACUUUUGGCAGCAAUACAGAGUCAAUUAUUCAUUUAUAUUUGGUUUUAAGCAAGGAACACAGUUGGGUUAUCGCGAAGUUUUCUUCCUUAGUUUUGGGCUUUCAGUAUUAGCACAGGCCAGUGUGCUCUCAAACCUUGACUUAGAGAUGGACCCCAAAACAAAGUCCCACCAUGCAAUCACUGAACUUGUCCCUCUGGCUUUACUUGUCCUUGUGAUUGCCAUAUUGUUCUGCCCAUUCAACAUCAUAUAUCGCUCAAGUCGAUUCUUCUUCCUCACAUGUUUGUUUCACUGUAUCUGUGCACCUCUCUACAAGGUCACACUCCCAGACUUUUUCUUGGCAGACCAGCUAACUAGCCAGGUGCAAGCAUUUAGAAGUUUUGAGUUCUUUUUGUGCUACUAUGGUAUGGGAGAUUACAGACUUAGACAGAAUACCUGUAAACGCAAUGAUGCGUACAAUGCUUUCCUCUUUAUAGUUGCUGCGGUUCCAUACUGGUGUCGCUUCCUUCAGUGCUUUAGACGACUGUUUGAAGAGAAAGAUCCGAUGCAAGGAUAUAAUGGGCUCAAAUAUUUCUCAACCAUUGUAGCAGUUAGUGUGAGAACAGCUUACAGUCUUAACAGGGGAUUGGCGUGGAGGAUUGUAGCCUUCAUUUCCUCAGCAUUUGCAGCAGUCUUUAGUACAUAUUGGGACCUCGUUUUUGAUUGGGGCCUGCUGCAAAAGCACUCUAAGAAUCCUUGGUUGAGAGAUAAACUCCUUAUUCCUUACAAGAGUGUAUAUUUUGGAGCUAUGGUUCUGAAUGUCCUGCUGAGACUUGCCUGGUUACAAACUGUGUUGAAUUUCAAGUUGCCUUUCCUACACACUGAAGCCUUAGUUACAAUUGUUGCCUGCCUGGAGAUUAUUCGUCGUGGCAUAUGGAAUUUCUUCAGAAUAGAGAAUGAGCAUUUGAACAAUGUCGGCAAGUAUCGUGCAUUCAAGUCAGUACCUCUACCUUUCAACUACGAUGAAGAAGACGAAGAAAAGGACGAGUAGUUCUUCCGGCGUCGGCAAUAGUUUACAAACAGGGAAAUGAAACAUUUUGAAUGAAGAAUUUAAGAAGCAAAGAAAAUGUCAUCCGCAAUAUUAAUUAUUUGUGAAAAGUUGUAUAAUGUAUAAGGGAAUUGGACAUGAAGAAGUGCAAUCACCAAGUGAUCAAUUUUUGUAGGCUUAUGAAACCGGUUGGGUAUUGUUACAAUUUCAAUGUUUUUUUAA